AUGAAUCCUGCAAAGAGGAGACGCCUGGAGUCAACCCAACUCACUCUGAAUAAACCUUUUCGUUCACCGCUCCGCACCACCAGGACCACCUUGAGCGAUGGAAGUGAUAUGGCUGCUAGUGGUGCAAAUCCUCACGUAACAACUGCACCUGCUCUCCAUCAUGCGUCGCCAUCCAAGGCAUCCAACUUCUCGCUUGCAAGCAUUCCUGCGAAGGGCCACAACCAGUACGCCUUACUGACUAGGAAGCUGCAUAAAUUACGACAGUCACUUGACAUAGCUGAACAAGCCCUACAAAUCGUGACCUCUGGUCAAAAUGACCAACUUGAGGCGUUGACCACAAAAUGGAAGUUCAUCGCUCAUGGUGCUGCAGAUGAGCUCUUCAUCGACACGAAAGCUCGAAUUGACGAUAUGGGAGGGUUAGAAACAUGGACACAAAAAGCUCAGGACGAUAAACUUCUAUGGGCUGAAGAUGAACGGCAUAAAAGCCAUGGCUCGCAGAGCAGUAUACUGGAGCCAGAUGAAGAUGAUACAUCGGUCGAACCAAAUCUUUCCCAAUCACCCAAACCCAUCGUCCACCAGGCUUUCACAAUGCAAUUGAUGCUGAGACAGAUGAAUGUCGACCCAACGGCCAUUGGGUUUGACGAAGAGUCAGAACGGUGGGUGAACUGA